GCCGCUUCGCCGGGAGAACUUUCUGCAUGACGGUCUCCAAGAUGUCAUGGCGGCCACAAUAUCGCAGUUCCAAGUUUCGAAAUGUCUACGGCAAAGUAGCCAAUCGAGAGCACUGCUUUGACGGGAUUCCAAUUACCAGGAAUGUCCAUGACAACCAUUUUUGUGCAGUCAAUACCAGGUUCCUCGCCAUAGUAACAGAAAGUGCUGGUGGGGGCGCUUUCCUCGUCAUUCCACUGGAACAAACUGGCCGGAUUGAACCAAACUACCCCAAAGUCUGUGGCCACCAAGGCAACGUGCUUGAUAUUAAGUGGAACCCUUUCAUUGAAAACAUCAUCGCUUCUUGCUCAGAAGAUACUUCAGUUCGGAUAUGGGAAAUCCCCGACGGAGGCUUGAAGCGCAACAUGACCGAGGCUGUCCUGGAGCUCUAUGGCCACAGCCGGCGUGUGGGCAUCAUCGAGUGGCACCCAACCGCCACCAAUAUCCUGUUCAGUGCUGGGUAUGACUACAAGGUCCUCAUCUGGAACUUAGACAUUGCUGAACCGGUGAAGAUGAUUGAUUGCCACUCCGAUGUCAUCCUUUGCAUGUCCUUCAACACAAACGGCAGCUUGCUCGCCACCACUUGCAAAGACAGGAAGCUACGGGUCAUUGAGCCACGUUCAGGCAAAGUCCUCCAGGAGGCAAGUUGCAAGAAUCACCGUGUGAACCGUGUGGUCUUCUUAGGGAACAUCAAGAGGCUUCUAACAACUGGUGUGUCGCGCUGGAACACCAGGCAGAUUGCUCUCUGGGAUCAGGAGGAUCUGUCCAUGCCACUGAUAGAGGAAGAGAUUGACGGAUUAUCAGGCCUUCUCUUCCCAUUCUAUGAUGCCGACACCCACAUGUUAUACCUGGCUGGCAAGGGAGAUGGGAACAUCCGAUACUAUGAAAUCAGCACUGAGAAGCCAUACCUAACCUACCUAAUGGAGUUCCGUUCCCCAGCCCCACAGAAAGGGCUUGGAGUACUGCCGAAGCACGGACUGGAUGUCUCUGCGUGCGAGGUGUUCCGGUUUUACAAGCUCGUCACGCUGAAGGGAUUAAUUGAGCCCAUCUCUAUGAUUGUACCGCGGAGAUCUGAAACAUACCAGGAAGAUAUCUACCCAAUGACUCCGGGUCCAGAACCUGCCCUCACUCCAGACGAAUGGCUGAGUGGAAUGAAUAGGGAUCCCAUAUUGAUGUCUUUAAAGGAAGGCUAUAAGAAAGAAUCCAAAGUAGUUUUCAAACCACCAAUAAAAGAGAAGAAAAAUGUUGUUGUCAAUGGGAUAGAUCUCUUGGAAAAUGUGCCACCCAGAACAGAGAAUGAGCUCCUCCGAAUGUUCUUCCGGCAACAAGACGAGAUCCGCCGACUGAAGAUUGAGCUUUCGCAGAAAGACAUCAAAAUCCGACAGCUACAGUUGGAAUUGAAAAACUUGCGCAAUAACCCUCAAAACAACGGACUCUGAAGGGAUUUUUUUUUUCUAAAGAAACUCUUUGUUUAUACCCACUCUUUAAUUUUACUGUCUCGACACAUGAUAUGAGCCAGAGACCCUGUGCCAGCACAUGGGUGCGCCUGCUAACUGGAAGCCUCUUCUUCUGUGGUCGUUGCCUAGCACUAAAAAGUUAUUUGUAUGAUUUAACUUGAGAACUACUGCAUGAAAAGAACAAGGGAGGCGUAUAUUCCAAAUUUCUCUUGAAGUAAGUAGAAGCGAAAUGCUCUUUGUCCUUCUUGCAAAAUUACGGAAUCAUUUUUCAUCUCUGAUUAGUCCAGGGAUGAGAAAAGCGAAACACUGUAAGCCCAGACAAAAGCAACUCAAUUCAUUAUUACUUACCUUUCUUUUCACGAGAUAGAGGGUGGAUGUCCAUAAACAGCAAGCGUGCACUUGGAACGCAAACUCACUACCCUGAAAAGAAGUCUGGAAGGAAAACGGCUUCCCUUCUCUUGGGAACCGUCCGGGGGGUGGGUGCCUUGUGACCUGAGCGUUCCUUGAGCCCUGCAGCCGGUUUGGGCUUUGGCGUUAUUGAACACUCUCCAGGGCUCACCCUGCCUGCCUGGCACCCGCUUUGCUUGGGCAUCACUUUUGGGCUGGUAGCUACAAUUUAUUCUGUUGAAAUAUACCCAGUGGGCACCCGGGUAAUGAAUACAUGCAGGUCGCAUCUCUAAUUGGUCUCUUCAAGAGUGGUUGUGAAUGUACCCAUGUACACACACAUAACACACCCAUGCACGCACGCACGCACACACACACACACAGUUGCAAGAGUCCUGAAGAUAAACUUGACAAAAGGAGACAGAUGCUGUUAAGUGACAAGUAGAUGAAGGUUUUGAGGGAAUACAAUCCCAAAUGCAAAUCCAACACAGAGAAGGCCUAGCAAAUCAUUCUCUUGAUCAAGAGAGUCCAAAUGAAAGGCCCAACAGGGAGUUUUCAAGUGGGGAGCACUUAAUCCAGCAAAAAUUAAGCACUUUUAAUGAACUACCCAUUAGCAGCUUGUGAGUUAGGGGUAUAUUUUAUUCGUUUUGGUAGAAGCAGUGGACAGUACAGACCUGCAUUUUCAGCUGCAUAUAUAUAUAUAUAUAUAUAUCCUGAAGAGUGCCAGUCCUACACGUUAAACUUGACUCUCCUGUCCUGACAGCUUUCACACAGAUUCAUAGCUCAGGUUCUUCAGCAGCUAAUGGAGCAGUUGGCAAAGGGCCGAUUUGUGGCAGGGAAAGGGGGUGGUAAUCCUUAUUGAAGCCUGUCCAGGAAGAUGGAUUGCCGUUGCUUCUCCCCUGCCCCAAUGCAGACCUGCUUAUUGAGCGAAUGAUCGGAUCAUGAGGUGUGAUGCCCUGAUAGCUUUCAUGGCACUUAACAGAACUGCAGGCCCAUUCUAAUUAUUUAGACUAAAUUAAAAAAAAAAAAAAGAUUCCCAUCUUUUUAGGACUGGAAACUGGCAAGCUACCUGCACAACAAGGUGCCAACCUUUAGCCUCAGGUGCCAUUCAUGGAGGUUGGGGGGGGGUGUUGCGGAUUUCAAAAUCAAUAUAGUGGCCAGGAUGCAUUAGGAAGGUCUUGCAUCAACGGCACCGUCGCGACCAUCUUGACUUCACUUCCAAGAAAGACUCUGGAGCUGAACGUUUUGCCUGCUGACAAAGGCAGUCACUGGAAGACCCUCCCCCAUAAAAUGGGAG